AUACAAGAGCCUGGUGACAGGGAAGCGAGCCCGCGGACUCAUCGCUGUCCUCUGGCUCCUCUCGUUCAUCAUCGGCCUGACGCCGCUGAUGGGUUGGAACAAGAUGGGCGCCGUUCAGAACUGCACCAACGAGACGCGGAGGCCCAGCGGGGACCGCCGGGUGACCUGCCUCUUCGAGAACGUGGUGCCCAUGAGCUACAUGGUGUACUUCAACUUCUUCGGCUGCGUCCUCCUGCCCCUCUUCAUCAUGCUCUGCAUCUACAUCAAGAUCUUCGCCGUGGCCUGCAAGCAGCUGCGGCAGAUCGAACUGGUGGGCAACUGCCGGAUGACGCUGCAGAAGGAGGUCAGCGCCGCCAAGUCGCUGGCCAUCAUUGUGGGCCUGUUUGCCCUCUGUUGGCUGCCGCUGCACAUCCUUAACUGCCUGAUUCUCUUCUACCCCACCUUCGCCAAGAGCAAGCGGGAGUGGAUGAUGUAUCUAACCAUCAUCCUCUCCCACACCAACUCGGUGGUCAACCCAAUCAUUUACGCUUACCGUAUCCAGGACUUCCGGUAUACGUUCCGGAAGAUCCUGUCGCGUUACGUCCUCUGCAGGAACGAGGAUUUUCCCAACUACCCCAAAGGGUGCAACAGCGGCGGUAGCAGCCGUCACUUGGCGGGGAAUAACCUGAACACAUCGCCGACCUACGUUUGAGGUCACCUGGACGGUCAAAAGGUCUUUUUUCUGUCCGGAACAGCACACACACAUCGCGCUGUUCAGUGGGAAACAAGCGGCCAGGAGGUUCAUAUUCAAGGUAGUCCGCGACUUACGACCGUCCAUUUCGACUAAGUCAUUGACGGUGGGAAACGGGAGGAGGGGGGGGUCACCCCACAUUGAUGGGUUUUUUUCCUCAAAGCAGUCAUUUAGUAAGGGCUGGCUUGGCCAAAAACUAGAAGAAGUAAAUUUUUGGAGGUGGGCAGAAAUGUCGUAAUACCUGUCGUGUGGCCAAGAGACGCUGCGAAGGGCCGUAAGCUGAUGGACAAGCACCUAAAAUCCGUUCACUUGACCAUGUUGGGGGGAACUGGCUGUUGCGACUUCAGAACUGGGUGUUCGGUAACCCUUGGAGAGGUUUGUGGUAAUUUGGAACAGUGACUGGUCGUAAGUCAAGGACUA